GCGGCAGAGGAAGAUGAGGAGAAUGUGGGUCCCAUGGCGGCGGAAGGGGAGGAGAAGGAGGAGGGAGAGGUGCGGUCCAGCUUAACCAUGGAGACAGUGGCCGUCGCUAGGCAGGUUAUAGAGAACCACUAUAGGGCCCAGAUGAAACACAUCCAAUAACGCAAGGAAAGCUAUGCAUUUUUUUUUUUUUUUUCAUUUAUAUGCAGAAAUGGAGUUUCAUCUCUCAAAUAUCGGGCAUUUCUGCAUGCCCUUGAAUUUUAUGAUGUCACGCAUGCUCAUUUUUUGAGAAGAUCAUAAUUAACUGGAUUUUUGUUACAUGACAUUUGCAUGACCUUGAUUAGAGCUGGAAUGGCCAAAUGGGUUUGAGUUCUCUAUUUGUAUGUCAUAUUAUGCCAAUUGAUUAAUUUUGUUGUAGUAGCUUUUAAGAGUUGCAGGUGGGGAUUGUGUAGUCGUGUUUGAGUACUUCUGGAGGGUGUCUCAUGUUAAGGCUUGGGAUUUAUUUGUAUAUUGGAGCAAGAGUUUUGACUGAUCAUGGAUUCAUUUCAAAAUUCGACAACAAUUAAUGUCAUUUUCCUCAAUGGAUUAUCGGACUUCGUAGGGGGAUCAGUGUUGGAGAAGAAGUUUGCCUCUUCAGAUGUUCCAGAAAAGGAACAGAUCAAUCUGUUGAAGGAUUUGGAGAGUAAAGAAACACAGUAUAUAUGGCUUAAAAGGCACAAAAUUAGUGUUAACGGUUUUGACCUUCUAACCAUUAUUGGGAAAGGGGCUUUUGGAGAGGUUAGAUUGUGUCGAGAGAAAAAAUCUGGAAAUAUUUAUGCAAUGAAAAAGCAGAAAAAGUCAGAAAUGCUUAUUAGGAGACAGGUUGAACAUGUUAGAGCUGAAAGGAAUUUGCUUGCAGAAGUUGCCAGUCACUGCAUUGUGAAACUCUAUUAUUCAUUUCAAGAUGUUGAGUAUGUACAUCUAAUAAUGGAAUAUCUGCCUGGUGGUGACUUGAUGACUUUGUUGAUAAAGGAAGAAACUUUGACUGAGACUGUGGCUAGGUUUUACAUUGCUCAAAGUGUUUUGGCAAUAGAAUCUAUUCAUAAGCAUAAUUAUAUUCAUAGGUAGGUAUUUUACUAUUUUUCUCUUGACCACAUAUUUACCAACAUAUAAAUUUUUUUUAUGUCCAAAAACCAACAAUAAUAUCAACAUAUGGAAUUUUUAACUGCAAAAUAUCUUAACAUGUUCUAUUUCUUGUGACUCAUAACACAACCACGUCUGUUUUCAUUUGUCAGACAAAACUGGACAACCUUCUGUUGGACAACAAUGGUCAUAUGAAGCUUUCUGACUUUGGUCUUUGCAAGCCCCUUGACUGUAGAAAUUUGUGUACUAUAAAUGAAAAUGAAGCCCUGGAUGAUGAGAAGUUGAAUGAAUCAAUCGAUGUAGAUGAAAACUUCCCUGAAUCUGGUAGUGGAGAAGUCCAUUUGAACAACUACAGCAUUGGCAGCAUAACAGGAGGAAAUUGGCAUAUUCAACAGUUGGCACAAAAAAUUAUAUUGCUCCUGAGGUAUUGCUGAAGAAAGGAUAUGGCAUGGAAUGUGACUGGUGCGAUAAUUAAAAUAAAUGAUACAUACUCUU